AUGAUUUAUAGAAAACGUAACGGUUCUAACGAAUCAGACUUUGAAAGUGAUAUGAAUGAGUUACCCAGUGACAAAAGUUUUCAGUUUGAAAAACUCAAAGGUGACAGAGGAAAUGUUGCUAUACUAUUUUUCUUAUAUUUACUUCAAGGCAUUCCUUUGGGUUUAAUGCAAGCGAUUCCUAUUAUACUAACAAAUUCCGGUGUUUCAUAUAAACAGCAAGCAAAAUUUAGUUUAGUUAAUUGGCCAUUUAGUUUAAAGUUGUUGUGGGCCCCAGUGCUUGACUGUGUUUAUUGGGACAAGAUGGGCAGAAGAAAAUCUUGGUUGGUUCCAACUCAGUAUUUAAUUGGAAUUUUAAUGUUGUUUUUAAGUUUUUAUGUAAAUGACUUGUUGGGAGGUAAUGGUACUGAACCCAAGAUGGAACUUUUAGCUUUAUCAUUUUUCUGUUUGAAUUUUCUUGCUGCUACUCAAGAUAUUGCAGUUGAUGGAUGGGCCUUAACAAUGCUUAAAAGGCAGAAUGUAUCAUAUGCUUCUACUUGCAACAGUGUGGGUCAAACUGCUGGAUAUUUUUUGGGCUAUGUAUCAUUUUUAGCUUUAGAAUCUGCAAGUUUUUGCAACACAUAUUUAAGAAAAGAACCUCUCGAUCGAGGGAUAGUUACUUUACCAGAUUUUUUAUAUUUUUGGGGAUGGAUAUUUUUAGGAACUACAACUUUAAUUUGUAUUCUUAAACAUGAAAAACCUAUUUUUAUAGACAAAAAUGUUUCAGUUGUGGAUUCGUAUAAGUUGCUCAUAGAAAUAUUCAAAUUAAAACCUAUUAGAUUGUUAGCUGUUGUUUUGUUGACUGCUAGAGUUGGGUUUUCAGCAUGUGAUGUGGUUACAGGACUCAAAUUGGUAGAAGCUGGCAUCCCAAAAGAGAAAAUGGCCUUACUCGCUGUUCCCCUUGUUCCUCUGCAGGUUAUAUUGCCUUUUCUUUUAUCUCGAAACCUUACUGGAGAAAAUCCUAUGAGUGUGUUUUUAACUGCCUACCCUUACAGAUUGGGAUGUGGCAUUCUUUUCAGUAUUUUAGUUGCAGUAACACCUUAUUUUGUUGUGAAUCAUGAAAUGUCAAUUAUAUAUUGCAUUUGUUUUCUCAUUAUUUAUUGCUUUCAUCAGGUAACAUCAAAUAGCAUGUUUGUUGCUCAAAUGGCAUUUUUUGCUAAAAUUAGUGAUCCAACAAUGGGGGGAACAUACAUGACGUUAGUAAAUACUAUAGCAAACAUAGGAGGUACUUGGCCGCAAGCUUUGGCUUUGUUAUUUGUAGAUUUAUUAACAUUUAAAAAAUGUUCUAAUUCAGAAGGGAACAAGUGCAUUAAUCAUUCCGAAGUAGGAAUGUGUGAAAAAGAUGGAGGAGUUUGCCUUACAACAAUUGACGGGUACUACAUUGAAAUUGCAUUGUGUACAAUAAUCGGUUGUAUUUGGUUUCUUUGGGGUAGAAAAAGUAUUAAAAAAUUACAAUUAUAUGGUAUCAAUUCGUAUUCGGUUCAAAAACAAAGUUAUAAUAGAUAA